AUGGCGCACAUUCUGUUAAGCAGUACUUUUAAAACCAUUGCCAAAAUCAAAUUUAGGAGCAGUGUGUUACCAUUAGAAUCACUGAGACUGUUGACUUCAGGAAGAGAGGGUAGUCUUUCAAAUGGGAAAGACUGGUCAUUCACAUAUUUUCAACCUUCCGAGAGAGACAACUCUCAGGCCACGCGGUCUCGCAUUAUCGAACUCUCGCGCGGCCCUGAUUGGAGCGGGUUGCAUUGCCAUGGGGAUUGUUACCUUGCUCAUCAGCGAUUGGCUAUUGUGGACCCUGCCUCAGGAGAUCAGCCACUCUACAACGAGGACAAGACCGUCAUUGUCACGGCUGUGUUAAAGAGACUUAUGACAGAUGUACCAUUCGGUGUUCUUUUGUCUGGAGGAUUGGACUCAUCACUCGUUGCUGCUGUGGCUUGUCGCUAUUUGGCUAAAUCCGAAGCUGCCCGUCAGUGGUGGUCACAAUUACAUACCUUUUGCGUUGGCUUGGAGGGUUCUCCAGAUUUGAAAGCAGCAAGAGAAGUUGCAGAUUAUCUUGGUACUCAUCAUCACGAGUUUCACUUUACUGUUCAGGAAGGCAUAGAUGCACUUGAAGCAGUUAUCUACCAUAUUGAGACAUAUGAUGUGACCACUGUCAGAGCCAGCACUCCAAUGUUUCUUAUGUCUCGUAAAAUUAAAUCUCUGGGAGUAAAAAUGGUCCUUUCUGGUGAAGGUUCAGAUGAAAUCUUUGGUGGCUACUUUUAUUUCCACAAGGCACCAAACAAGGAGGAGUUUCACCAAGAAACAUGCCAGAAGAUUAAAGGUCUUCAUCUGUAUGACUGUCUGAGGGCCAACAAAUCGACAUCAGCUUGGGGUGUUGAGGCUCGUGUACCGUUUCUUGACAAAGAAUUCAUCAAGACUGCUAUGGACAUUGAUCCAGAAUGGAAAAUGAUCAUGCCUGAUCUUGGAAGAAUUGAGAAGUGGGUCUUACGCAAAGCAUUUGAUGAUGAUCAAAAGCCAUAUUUACCAAAGCACAUCUUGUACAGGCAGAAGGAGCAGUUUAGUGAUGAUGUCGGUUACAGCUGGAUUGACGGCUUGAAAGAUCAUGCAAACAAACAGGUAACAGAUUCGAUGCUGAUGAACGCAAGCUUUGUCUACCCUGAAAGCACUCCGACUACAAAAGAAGGAUGCUACUAUAGGACUAUCUUUGAGAAAUAUUUUCCAAAGCAUGCUGUGAGAUCGACAGUUCCCGGUGGUCCAAGCGUGGCAUGCAGCACAGCAAAAGCUGUGGAGUGGGACGCAGAAUGGUCCAAGAACCCUGAUCCAUCUGGUCGUGCUGCACUUGGUAUACAUGCAGCUGCGUAUGAGGAAUCCAAAGAUGUAAAGACUGGAAGUCUUGUGAGUGACUCUCCACAGAAACUUGUAAAAGGGGUUGCAGAGAGUGGCUGCAGUAGUUUGUGUGGGAUGAAAAAGGUAUUGAAUGUUACAAAUGCUUUUCUUCUGUCGAAAUUAUGCUGACCAUGUUCUUUUGGAUUAAUGAAACAAUGUCAGAUGAUAUAUAGUUAUAUACUGUAGAUUGAUAUUUAUUCUGAUUCUGUAGCAGCUGAGACCAGAAGGCCCUGUAGGGAAUCCGUCAUGACUGUUAGUAGUUUAUAUAACUAGGAAGGCCUUACUGUUGUCUCUUAGGUGAGACCAGACUAGUCAAUGCUUAUAUUUUCAAUCUGUAAUUUUCUUUGACCACAACAGGAUUAUGUUAUCGGUUCGACAUGUAUGCAAUUUAGAUAGGUU